AUGGGAAGGAUCCGGACUGGCUGGGCGACGGCCAGAGUGGCCCUUCUCGAGGCACGUCCUAUGCAUUGUCAUAGAUGCCUCGAGAGGGGCCACGUGAGGUCAACCUGCCCCAGUGCGGUUGACAGGAGCGGGAGGUGUUACCGGUGCGGUGAAGCCGGUCACACCUCCCGCGACUGCCGGUCUGCCCCAAGUGGCCGCUUUGUGCGGAAAAGGGCAGGCCGGCGACGCACGUGCUGGGCGCAAAGUCUUGCGUCCAGCGGAACGUGCGUGGGAGGCCACCGGGGCGGCGCUUAUUGGAGCAGGCGCCUGCAGCCGAGGUCCCCCCCGGCCGAAGUCCGGCCGAUGGAGGACGGGGAGGAGACGGGGAGCGGCGAAACGGGCGAGAGGCCCCAGCCGCAGCGCCAGAAGGCGCGAAAGGAGAAGGCCUCCAGCACAGAGGCCACGGAGGCAGAGGCCCCAUCGGACGGGGGGGAUGAUAAGGCUGAGUAA